AUGGGCCGGCGGAACCUUGUCCAUGGCAACACAACGUUGCACUUGAAUGCUUUCUUCUCUGAAGCGGGAGGCUACCCCAUAGGAGGGCACGGGGUGGAAGUAGGGCUCCAGAUCUCGAGGCCCUACUUCCGCCAGCCCAACCUAGUCCCGAGCUACUCCGAUGUCUUUAGCUUCCUCUUCCCCCUCUCUCACAUCUUAUCAAACCGGCACCGCGAUGAUCGAGUGCAGCACAUGGUCUCCCUCGUCGAACAUCCCGACCACGACGACGUCCAGUUCUGGAAUCGCCGGAUAUCUUCGUUCGCCUUGCAAGCCGCCAGAGCCGCAGUUCAUGGAGGACAUACGGACUUCUUGAUGGACAUUGGCAUUGUCAUCCGCGGGGUGCCCGAGUUCAUGGAUGAAGCCUCGUUUCUUUCUUCUGACGAGUACGUUGCAGCUGAGACGAUGCAUCACAUCGUGAUGGUUUCUUCGGGCGGCAGAGGGGGGUUUGGUGGCGUUCCAGCAUCGAGGGCUUCGAUCAACGCACUGCAGACGAGGAGAUUUGAAGGAGUACAGGAACAUGAGUCGAGAUUGCAAUGUGUCAUUUGUUUGGAGAAUUUUGAGGCUGGAGUGGAGGUCACGAUGAUGCCCUGCUCUCAUGAGUUCCACCAUACGUGCCUCUCCCAGUGGUUGGAGCUGAGCCACCUCUGUCCUGUGUGCCGCUACUCCAUGCCAACCAUGGACUAA